CACGCAACAAAACAGAGGAAGCUUUGUUUUCAUCUACUCUACUCAAAAGCAUCCAGCUUUCCAGGAGAAAAGAAGGGAGCGAUUCCGUCUGUAUCCUCCGACUCGCCGAGCUCGUGACCCCGCCUCGCCGCCGGACCCUAGAAGAAGCGGCCAGGCGUUUCCGCGCCAACCGCCAAACGAGCUGCAGAGCUCGCACCUUCUCUUUCUUCCCUUGGUUUAAGUAGCCGUGGCGGCCUGCUCCGGCCGGUGCCGCUCAGAUCUACCGCGGCAGAGGGGGAAGCCCGGGGUUCAUGAUGGAGCACACCGCCGUCGGCGAGGAUCAGGCCAUGUCCGACCUUCGCGAUAAGCAUCGCCUGGACCUGGAGAGUUUAACGCUGACAUCACAGCCAUUCAAAACACUCGCAUUAUUUGUGCUAGCCAUUGGACAGAGUAUAAGAAGCACAUGUUCAUGUGUUCUGAAAGAAGGUUCUCGGUUGAAGUUCCUGGUUCCGUUGCUUGGUGCUACCUGUGUGCUUCUCCUGGUAACUGAUGGCCCACAUGAGAAGCAUAUGCAGGAACUGCUUUGGUAUGCCAGAUUUGGAUUAUGGUGGGUCGUACUAGGGGUGGCUUCAUCCAUUGGAUUAGGCUCUGGCUUGCACACCUUUGUAUUGUAUUUAGGGCCUCAUAUCGCCCUUUUCACAAUGAAAGCGGUUCAGUGUGGCCGGGUUGAUUUAAAGAGUGCUCCUUAUGACACUAUUCUUCUUAAAAGGAGGCCUUCAUGGUUGGAGAAAGAAUGUCUGGAGUUUGGACCUCCAAUAUAUCAGGAAACAAUCCCAUUCAGCAAAAUACUGCAUGAAGUUCAUCUUGAAGCUGUUCUUUGGGGCAUUGGAACUGCACUUGGAGAGCUUCCUCCAUAUUUUAUCUCUAGAGCAGCUAGCAUGUCAGGCCAAAAGGUAGAGGAGUUGGCAGAAUUGGAUGCUUCUAUCUCAAAAGAAGGUUUUCUAUCAUCAACUCUACGUCGGGCCAAGCGCUGGCUUAUGUCUCACUCACAAUAUCUUAGCUUCCCUACAAUACUGCUACUUGCUUCGGUGCCAAACCCUCUGUUUGAUCUUGCUGGCAUUUUGUGUGGCCAAUUUAAUGUCCCCUUCUGGAAGUUCUUUCUGGCAACUUUAAUUGGGAAGGCCAUUAUCAAGGUUUAUAUGCAGACAACAUUGGUAAUUACUCUCUGCAACAACCAACUUCUUGAAUUGGUGGAGGAAAGGCUUGUAUGGGUGUUUAGCAAUUCCCCUGGAGUAUCAUCCAUCCUUCCCUCUUUAGUCACCAAGUUGAAGACAGCUAAGGAUAAGUUUUUAAUGGCAAGUGUUGCUACAUCAGCUUCUAGUGCUGCGAAGGGGAAGAAGUGGAAUCUGUCAUUCUCUUUGAUCUGGAACACCGUGGUGUGGCUCAUGAUCGUGAAUUUCAUCAUUCAGAUAAUCACUUCCACAGCACAGAGUUAUCUGAAGAAGCAACAAGAGCUUGAGAUCAGCAUGAAGUCAUCAGCUACACUAAGUUCCGCCUCUGAACCUGCUGCCAGAAUAUCAAAUUAAUCUAGCCAGGGCAUUUCAUCCGGACAGAUAUUCAAUCUAUAUUCAUGCCAUCACUUCCUGCAUGAGACUGAUUUGGGAAUUCUAAAUCUGGUCAUUUACUGGAUAGCUGGCUUUAUUCUCCAAGAAAUCACAUUGAUACAGUGUAUAUAACCCAUCCCAUCAGGCCAGCAUGACUGCAAAACUAAGAACCGCUGUCUGUAUUCCCGUGGAGCACUAGCUUACUGAUCACUUAGUAGAAAGUCGCAAAAAAGAGAGGAGAAAAAAAAAGGAAGUUUGACUAGUGCGCAAGUGUAAUGUUGGCCUUGUACCCUCCGUAAAGAAAUAUAAGAGCGUUUAGAUCACUAAUGUAGUGAUCUAAACGCUCUUAUAUUUCUUUACAGAGGGAGUACAUAGCAACCAAGAUAUUGCCAUCAAUUGGCACAAUAAGCAUUAAGUUUGUGCCUACCAUCUUGAUGCUGUCGUUUUUGUCUCAGCAUUGGUGAUGAUCUGUCAAGAUCCGCCAUUUGUUCCUGAUGGCUACGCGUUGAGAAAAUUCAUGUUCCUGUCAAGUGUCAAUGCAGAUGCCAGAUGGCACGUCAGGACAAAAAAAAAACUCCUAGUAUCUUUUUAUCAUUUUACUUUCUUUACUCUUUAGUGAGGUUGCAGUUUUGUUCUGCUUAUUUGGAGGCUUGAGCGAGCUUGGACUCUUCCA